AUGGCUUCUUGUGACAAAGCAGAAAACUCAAGCUUAUGCGCAAGGGGUUGCGGCUUCUAUGAUAACCCAAGCAAUUACAACAUUUGUUCCCAAUUCUAUAAAGCUUUCUUGAAAAAAGAAUCCGCCAAGAGUGCAAUAGCUUUAUCUGAAAAGUUAUAUUUUCUUACUGUUGAUGAUACUGUUAAAACUGGAAAUGACGAUUGUUUGACGAUGAAGACGAAGACAGAAAGGUGCAAGUGUUGUAAGAAGAAGGUGGGAUUAGUAGGGUUUAGUUCUUUCUUGAAAGAAGAAUCCGCCAAGAGUGCAAUAGCUUUAUCUGAAAAGUUAUAUUUUCUUACUGUUGAUAAUACUGUUAAAACUGAAAACGACGAUGGUUUGACGAUGAAGACGAAGACAGAAAGGAUUCAUAGGUACCUAGAGGAACAUACAUGCACAUUCAAUUUCAAGUCUAUGGGACGUGCGCUUUUGGUUAAGGAAAAUCCUCUUUGCAAAGCUGAUAAACUUGAGUAUAGGAUCUAA